UUUAGUUUGUUCCAUCAUGCAUCAUCAAAUACAAAAGUUGCUCAAAAAAUACUAUAGUCUAUACAUGCAAUGUAUUAAAAUUUGGAAUAUUUAAUGUCAGAGAAAGUUAUGUGGCUACAUAAAGAUUAACCUCUGUACGGCAGUGCUCUCUUUUCAAGAUAAUAAGUGUCAUCUUCAUAAAUAAUGAAACUUUGGUUUAUUCUUUUCUAUAUUCCUAUACAACACACAAAUUAAUGAACAAAUUAUAGCUAAUUGAAUGAUAUAUACACCACAGAUGAAGUUCAUCAGUGUCAUAAGCCACUUUAAUACAGUAGCGAAGUUAAAAAUUUCGAUAAGGGUGUUCAAGAAUACUUUCGUAAGUAACUAUAUGCAUAGUAUGAGUGUUCAACUAACUAUCCUUCGAUAUACGUAGCUGCAUCCCUGACUAUUUCUGAUUUCUUGAUCAUUCAAAGUUAAACAGAAACAUGAUUCAAAUAUCCAUAACUUAUUUGUUAUCUAAUAUAAGAUGGACAAGAAGAAAAAGUGGGAAAUGGGCAUAGCACUGUGUUCAAGAAGCUUAUCCCAAUUCAUCUUUCCUAUCUUAUCUACUCAAUUCACCAUUGUGGGGUCUAAAUAUUCAAGACUUCAACAGAUUAUUUAUCUGGCAUCAAUCCCCACCCUGGGACAUAACAAAGGAAGAGAGAGUGAUAACACAGAUUUUUGUGGCACAAUCUGUACAUGUAUAUUGACUUUAAAUCAUGCAAUGUAUGUUCGUACAUGAUCGUAUCAGGAUGCAUUAGCAUUAAAGAAAGGAACAGCUAUGCACACGCGUUAGUCACACUUAUAGUUAGCCAGUUGCCAGCAUUUAAUGUUGAACUUCCCAAACUAUUAUAUAUACAUACCUGUCUCAGUCUCACAGACAACACCACUGUACUUUCUCUUCUCACUUGAGUUUUUAUCAUAGUGGUCCAAUUCCUGCAUAUGAAAAUGAUGGACAGUAAGUUUCUCAAGGCAUGCCAAAACAAAUGGCAAAAGAUGGGUGGCAAGGUUAUACCUUCAUCAGCGUGCUGCGACAAAUGCUGCAAAUGGAGUAUGUGGCCUUUUGAAAAAGAAGAGAAGUCUAUCCCAAGGGAUGUUCCGAAAGGUCAUGUGGUAGUUUAUGUAGGAAAGUACCAAAAGAGAUUUGUAAUCAAAAUUACCUUGCUAAAGCAUCCGCUCUUCAAGGCAUUGCUGGAUCAAGCUCAAGAAGUUUAUGAAUUCACUGCUGAUUCGAAAUUAUGGAUCCCCUGUGAUGAGAACAUCUUCAAUAGUGUCAUUAGAUGUGCUACAUUACCAGAAAGUCGACGUAUCUCAAUCUGCUUUUGAAGGUCCAAAAUCACAAAGCAUGUGAAUGCUUAACUCAUUGUUUAGAAUGUUGACAUCUAUAUAUUCAUAACCUGUUGUAUACUAUUGAAUAUAAAUUCAUUACCAUUACCUAUGAAGUUGAGCAUUACUUCUUUAUGCAAGAAAUCACAAUUCAUUUUAUUUUAUCAU